CAUGAGCACAAAAGUUCCCGAUUGGCGCGGUCGGUCACGCACUUUACUGCAAAAAGUGUAAUAAUUCUAAGUAAUUCCAAGAAAUUAUUCAACUGACCAUAACAAAAAGAUAAUCAUGGAACCAGCGAAACUUGUUGAAGUGCUUCGGGCCACGCUCGAUCCAGGUCAACGGGAACAGGCCGAACAACAAUUGACAGAGAUACACAAAAUAAUUGGAUUUUCACCAGUCUUGCUGCAGUUGGUUAUGGGAGAUCAAAUUGAUAUGCCAGUUAGACAAGCAGGGGCAAUUUACAUGAAGAAUAUGGUAACACAGUUUUGGGCAGAACGAGAGGCCGAGAAUCCUGGUGAUCCAGUACCUUUUAGUAUUCAUGAACAGGACCGUGCCGCUAUACGAGAAAAUAUCAUUGAAGCUAUUAUCCACGCUCCUGAGUUAGUGAGAGUUCAACUUUGUGUCUGCAUUAGUCAUAUAUUUAAGAGUGACUUUCCUGGAAGGUGGCCAACUGUGGUUGAGAAAAUGGCCAUGUAUAUAAGAACUGACAAUCAUUCUGUAUGGAUGGGUGGUCUUAUGUCUCUUUAUCAACUUGUUAAAGUUUAUGAAUAUAAACGAUUAGAGGAAAGAAAAGCAUUUGAUGAAACCAUGACAGCCCUGUUACCUUUAUUAUAUGAACGUGUGGUACAACUUUUACCCGAUCUUUCCGAAAUCUCUAAUUUGUUACAGAAACAAGUUCUUAAGAUCUUUUAUGCCUUUACCCAGAAUUUCCUACCAUUAGAUACAAUAACGAGAGAUGUUUUUACACAAUGGAUGGAAGUAUUUCGAGCUAUAGUAGAUAGACCGGUUCCACCAGAAACAAAUCAAAUAGAUGAAGAAGAUAGACCAGAAUUGGCUUGGUGGAAAGUUAAAAAAUGGGCUGCUCAUAUAUUGUCCAGAUUAUUUGAAAGAUAUGGAAGUCCAGGAAAUGUUACAAAGGAUUAUACAGAAUUUGCUGAAUGGUAUCUGAAGAGUUUCUCUGGUGGUAUAUUACAAGUGCUUAUGAAAGUGCUAGAUCAGUAUCAACAGAAAAUAUAUGUAGCACCUAGAGUUAUACAGCAAGCUCUCAAUUAUAUUAAUGAAGGAAUUGGUCAUGCUUUUUCUUGGGGAUUUAUUAAACCUCAUGUACAGACAAUGAUAUCCAGUGUUAUAUUUCCAUUGAUGUGUCAUAGUGAUGAAGAUGAUGAGUUAUGGAACACUAAUCCACAUGAAUAUAUUCGUGUUAAAUAUGAUGUUUUUGAGGAUUUUUUCUCCCCGGUAAUGGCUGCUCAGACAGUGUUUUAUACAGCAGCUGCCAAACGUAAAGAAGUUUUAAAUAAAGCAAUGGGUUUCUGUAUGUCUAUUUUAACUGGACAAAAUGUUGAUCCAAGGCAAAGAGAUGGAGCAUUACAUAUGAUAGGUGCUGUAGCAGAAGUUUUAUUGAAGAGAAAAAUAUAUAAAGAUCAAGCCGAGUUGAUGCUUACGUCCCACGUAUUUCCCGAAUUUACCAGUGAAAUGGGUUAUCUUAGAGCUAAGGCAUGUUGGGUGAUGAGAUGUUUCUCUAAACUAAAGUAUCGUAAUCCAGCUAAUUUAACACAGGCUCUCGAACUGAUCAAAGCUUGUCAUUGUACUGAUAAAGAUUUACCUGUCCGUGUAGAAGCAGCUAUUGCUUUACAAAUGUUAAUAACUGAUCAAGAAAAAGCCAAGACUUUCUUAAAACCACAUAUUAAACAAGUUGUGUUAGAAUUGUUGAAGAUUAUUCGAGAAACUGAGAAUGAUGAUUUAACUGGUGUUAUGCAGAAAUUUGUGUGUACUUAUGUUGAGGAUAUGAUACCAGUAGCAGUAGAAAUGAUGAGCCAUUUAGCAGAAACAUUUGCCCAAGUGUUGACAACCGAUUUUGAUGGAUCUGAAGAGAAAGCCAUUACAGCGUUAGGAAUAUUAAAUACUAUGGAAACGAUAUUAAAUGUUAUGGAGGACCAAAAAGAGAUUAUAACCCAGUUAGAAGGAAUAGUGCUCAAUGUUAUAGGAAUUAUUUUACAACAACAAAUGAUAGAUUUUUAUGAUGAAGUUUUAUCUCUGAUCUAUAGUUUAACUAGUACACAAAUAUCACAUCACAUGUGGGAAGUAUUUGGUAUGAUAUAUCAAAUGUUCCAGAAAGAUGGCAUGGACUAUUUCACAGAUAUGAUGCCUGCCUUGCAUAAUUAUAUCACAGUUGAUACCGAUGCCUUCUUAUCUAAUCCACAACACAUACAAGUUAUUUAUGAAAUGUGUAAAGCAGUAUUGAAUGGUGAUGAAGGAGAAGAUGCUGAAUGUCAUGCAGCUAAAUUAUUAGAAGUUAUUAUAUUACAAUGUCCAGGAAAAGUAGAUCCAGUUAUACCUACAUUUGUAGAAUUAGUAUUACAGAGAUUAACACGAGAAGUACAGACGUCUGAAUUACGUACAAUGUGUUUACAAGUUGUUAUAUCUGCCUUGUAUUAUAAUACUCCCCUAUUACUCGAUACCCUAACUAAAUUACAAGUUCCUAAUGUUACCGGUUCUAUUAUGGCACAAUUCCUGAAACAGUGGAUAUGUGAUGCAGAUUGUUUCCUCGGGUUACAUGAUAGAAAAAUAAGUGUGUUAGGAUUAUGUUCAUUGAUGAAUACACCUAAUAAUAGACCUAAUGAAAUUUCGUCAGUCGCUGCUAGAAUAUUACCAGCUUCCUUAUUAUUAUUUCAAGGUUUAAAACGAGCUUAUGCAAGUCGAGCACAGGAAGAUAGUGAUGAUGAUGAUGACGAAGAAGAAGAUGAGGAAGGGGAUGGGGAUGAAGAGGUUUUAGAUAGUGAUGAAGAUGAUAUAGAUGAAAAUGGAAAAGAAUAUCUCGAAAAGUUAGAAAAAUCUGUAAAUGGUGAUGACAGUGAUAGUGAUGAUGAAUAUUCUGAUGAUGGAACAGAAGAAACAGCUUUAGAAAGUUUUCAAACACCAAUUGAUGAAGAUAAUAGUCCAGUAGAUGAAUAUAUAGGAUUCAAAAAUAUUUUAGUUCAUCUACAACAAACAGAUCCUAAUUGGUACAAUGCAUUAACAUCCCAGUUAAAUAAUGAACAGAGAAAAGAACUAGAAGAUGUCUUUAAAUUAGCUGAUCAAAGACGAGCUGCAGCAGAAUCGAAGCAAAUAGAGGAACGAGGAGGCUAUAAUUUCACCAACACAUCAGUACCACCAAGUUUUAAUUUUGGUGGAAAUUAACAAGUUGUGUGUGCGAUAGUAAUAUACUAUUUGACUGGCUUACUAUUUUAUAUUUGAAUAAAAAAACUCAACAUAAAAGCAGCAAGUGAAAUAAACUUCUAUUUGAGAAGAAAUGAAUAAUGUGUGAUAGUGACAUAUUCUUGCUUCAGCUUAAUUCCUUCAAGAACUACUAAAACCAAGACUUUCUCCAGCACAGACACACUGCUAACUAGUCGAUAUAUUUCCUUGCUGCAGUCAAAUGAUUUUGUUUUCUUUGGAUGUUUGAUGCUACACCAAGAUUCCACAGGCUACUAUUUUCUGUUCCAUAAUAUGUGAUACAUCUGUGAUAUUAGCCAAUAGAUAAUAGACCUUGUCGUUUCAAGUCCUUGCCUCUUUAGGAAGGGAGAUAACUCUCCCGUUAUAUAUUCUAUCAGGAUGCGCUUUAUAAAGUUAUUUUGCGAUGUGAUUGUAUUUCGUUUCAUGUGAAUAUGUUUAUAUAAACGAAAGAGUAAAACAAGUGCUAUUAAUACAAAUUUGGGAAGAGACAGACAUCCAGACACUGAUGUGUUCAACACCAUCUUACCAUUCUUAUUUAAUGCCAGAUAAUAAGAAGAGAAACAGUACUAUUAAGACCCAUUUCUAGUUCGAUCGUCAAAAGAUUAUUAAAUGGCCCAAUUUUGCUCAUAGUUCAGUAUUUGAUCUUUGAUUAACUCAUCAAUAGAAGAAAGAAGAUACCUACAUGUAGUUAUAAUAAAUUUCUAAAUAAAAAUGAUUCUUUUGAAAACUUGUAGGCUAAAUAGGACAAUAUUAAAUUGAGUAGAUGUCGUUUCUACAGCCCAUGUGGUCUGCAUGAAAGUUGUUUCUGGAAUUUUACUAAUAAUUAUCAGAUAUACUAAUACAUGUAUUGGCCUAUAUGUUGCAAUGUAUGAAAUUCCGAAGAUUUUUUUUCGUGUAAGAGAUUUAAACUGUGAAUGGGUCUUAAAGAAAAUCUUAAGUCUAUGUCACAAUAUCACUAAAUUACAAUAGAUUGUUACAGUUGACUUAUUUCAAUGAAUUCUACAAUUUUAUGUAAAUUAUUUGUAUUUUUUACUUUCAUUACAUGUGUACAUUUUCUUCCAUCCAUAUAUGUAUACACCAAUAAAAAAAAAAAAGGAAAAAAAAUCUUCUAUUGAAGAAUAUAAUGACUUAGGCGGUCAACAAUAGUUAAAAUACAAUAAGAUUAUUUAUGCAGUUGAAUGAAACACAUUGAUACUAGAUCUACCUCUUGGUAAAUAUUGCCUUGUCAGAAAUUAUUAUAAAAUAAUUUAAAGUCCUAAUUGGAGAAAUACAAUAUACAAUAUGUAUUAUAAACUGUUUUUGUUGAUAAAAAUGGUUUUACUUAAUGCAAAAUGCGAUGGCAUUUUUUUUUUUUUUGCAACUGUUACAAAGUUAUGUUGACUAUUUAAUUUAAGAAAAUUGACUUGUUACUUGAAAAUACAAAAAAAUUCAAAUUGUUGACAAUCUGUUUUAACCUGUCAUUUUAUGCCACUGUGGAUGAAUAAAAUAAAAAUAAAAUAUUUA